CGGGGAUGAGGGGAUACCGACGGGUGACGGAGGCGGUUUUAGUGAGUUUGGUGACGUGGGUAUGCCUCCGGGAGAGAGUGUGGGUCUUCCUCGGGGAGAGAGCGAGUCUCGUGGGGACAUCAGUGUGGGUAUGCAGGCCUUAUUGGGACAAAUCAGCUUCCUGGACCCGGAUAGUUUCUCCACUGCCAUGCGCGGAGAGGUGAUGUCGGGGGCAGAGGGAGAUGAGGAUCGCACACCUCCUGGAGAGACAUCUGAGGAGAGAUUGGAUAGGCUUGAGAGUCGUCGAGCGUGCCUCAUGGCACAGAGGGACCCCAGGACGCAGGCGUUCGCCCCUGUUGCGACGGAGGAGCGACAGAGACAGUUGGGGACAUUUACGCCGGCGUCCCUUGACGUAGCGCCAGGUGCCCACACGGAUCCUCCGGCAGAGGUUCACGAUACAACGCAUCGGGAGGCGGCUUUGGCCGAGGCUUCAAGUAUGGGAGUUGAUGUUCGGCAGGGGACGCACGAGAGCGGGUUGGCAGCGGCAGAGGAGCCACAUUCGGAGCCGGUGCAGCCUCCUACCGUCCAGCUGAGGCCCGAGGAGACGUCGCAUGAGGUCGCAGGCGUGCCUCUGGCCACAGGUUUAGUUGAGGGGGCCGUGCAGAUGUCCCCGGGUCUGGAGGACAUACAAACGGGGCAGGCCGUUGAUGUUGGCGGGGUGGGGGUGCCUGUUCAGGCGGAUCCUAUGUCCACGUCUGGGGGGGGUGAUCCCGCACAAGUCGACAGGCGUGACGCAGACGGACAGGAGAUGCCACAGACUUUGGUGGUUCGCACUGCUGUGGGGCCAGUGGUGCCAUAUCAGGCACCGUUUAUGGAGGACCAUAGGCGUCAAGCACAUGGCGGUGGCCCGGUCGAGGACCGACGUGUAGGCAGGGGCGCGUGCAUAACUCCGGUCCCUACUUUUGCGCCGUCACGGGCGAGGCCGGAGAUUAGGUAUGUGGCUACGCCUCGGGGCAGCCUCCCUUUUGGUUUUAUGACCGCUGAGGAGUUGGAGGAACACGGCAGGACGGAUUUGACGGAGAUCGACCAGUGCAUUUUGAGGUCAGUCCCAAAGGAGGGGAAAUUGCCUCACGUGCAGGACUUGUAUUGGGGGCCAGCCAGCCUCAACUUACCUUCAGGAUGUUCCUUCGCAGCGCCGUCUGGCGGGGCUGCAGGGGGCUUACCUUCUGGAGGUUCCGUCGCAGCGCCAUCUGGCGGGGCUGCAGGGGGCUUACCUUCUGGAGGUUCCGUCGCAACGCAAUCUGGCGGGGCUGCAGGCCCUUCGUCACCCACGACCGUAGCUCCGGGGGAGGGCGGCAGUCUCACCUCGAGGUCGGCUGCUCGUAGACGGAGAGACACUACCGAGCGUGCGCGGGCCGUGCUGGACACCAUGUUGUUCGGUUGCACUGAUCGGCCAUGGAGUGAGACGAGACGGGUGACGACGGCGAGUGUCGAUCGUCAGCCAGGUUUGAGAGGUGUUUCCACGAGCGCGGGACGUCGAGAUGUUGUAGCUUCAGGGUUUGGCGGUAGAGGCGGUGGCGGCGGUGGCAGCGGUGGCGACGACGACGGCAGACGUGAGAGCGUAGGCGGUGCCACGACGAGCGCAGUGGAUCCACCGCGGACGUACGGUUUGAGAGAGGCGUCGAUUAUUUUGCAGGAGCCUCACGUUGUUACACGACCGAGGCAGGCCCGACACGUGCCCUUAGAUCGACGCCAGGAGGGGGAGACUUCAGCGACAGACGGUCUACCUAUGGCACGCGAGUCACGCCGACGUGAUGACCUAGCAGCCGCAUGCACCAGGACGGUGAGAGGCAGGAGAGUCAUUAUGGACGACGACCCCGACGAGCGUCCCGUCGCUUCCGAGCCUUCCACUACCAGACGCGGCGGGCAGCGUCAGAGAGAUCGAGGACGUGGCAAUGGUCGGUCCCACGGACGAGGUUCUCAUCGGUCCGAGCGACAUCCGCGUGCACACGACGAUUGUUGAUGGAGUACGGGCUUGCGUUUUCUUGACUUUCUCAGUGUAGCUCAAUUUUUUGUUAUCCAUAUCAGACGUAGUGUUUCGUGAUGUUGUAUUAUAGUCUACUUUUCAG